CUAUAAGAGCCUGACCUCGGCUGGUCUCAGAUCUGACAUGUUCCCUGGGCCUAUCUCGGAAGGGGCCACGAUGACCCUGCAAUGCACCAAGUCAGCGGGACACUGGAAGAUGGUGGUGUGGGAUGAGGACGGCUUCCAAGGCCGGCGGCACGAAUUCACGGCCGAGUGCCCCAGUGUGCUGGAGCUUGGCUUCGAGACUGUGCGAUCUUUGAAAGUGCUGAGUGGAGCGUGGGUGGGCUUCGAGCAUGCUGGCUUCCAAGGGCAGCAGUACGUUCUGGAACGGGGCGAAUACCCGAGCUGGGAUGCCUGGGGUGGCAACACGGCCUACCCCUCUGAGAGGCUCACCUCCUUCCGGCCUGUGGCCUGUGCUAACCACCGUGACUCGAGGCUGACAAUCUUCGAGCAAGAGAACUUCCUGGGCAAGAAAGGAGAGCUGAGCGAUGACUAUCCUUCCCUCCAGGCCAUGGGAUGGGAAGGCAAUGAAGUAGGGUCCUUCCACGUCCACUCUGGGGCUUGGGUUUCGCUCCCAGUUUCCGGCUACAACACACCCGCUGCGCUUCCAGCUAUUCGCUGGGAAAGCGAUCACCCUUCCGCGUGCUACAAGCAUUUCCGGGAGUGGGGGCUCUCACCGGCCCCAGCACUUCAGGUGCAGAGCAAUCCGCAGGAUCAGUAAGUGGAGCAGGCGCCCGGCAUCGGAGGACGCGCAUGCGUGCUUGUCUCGCAAUGAGGCGCUCUCGCGAGGCUCUGUGCGCUCGCUCUCUCUCUCUGCCUCCCUCUGUAACCGUGUGACCAGCCUCCGUGACCUGUCUCGCCAGUCAGCAAAAAACUCAAACGAAUAAAAACUAGAAACGUCGGUAUUA